AGACGCAUAGAGCAGGGUCUGCUGGCGGACCCGCGGUCAGUUUGCAGCUGCGGGAGGCCAUGGGGCGCUUCGCCGCUACGCUGGUGGGCUCGCUGUUCGGUCUGGGGCUGCUGCUGUGUGGUCUAGGCAGACUGGCGAGCGCCGAGCCCCGGGCCCCGCCGGAAAAGAUCGCAAUAGUUGGUGCUGGAAUCGGUGGUACUUCCUCGGCCUAUUAUCUUCGGAAGAAAUUUGGGAAGGACGUGAAGAUUGAUGUGUUUGAAAGAGAAGAAGUUGGAGGCCGUUUGGCUACUUUGAAGGUGCAAGGUCAUGACUACGAAGCAGGGGGUUCAGUCAUUCACCCUCUAAAUUUGCACAUGAAGCGAUUUGUCAAAGAGCUGGGUCUCUCCAGUGUGCCCGCUUCAGGUGGCCUGGUGGGAGUGUACAAUGGGAAGUCUCUAGUGUUUGAGGAGAGCAGCUGGUUUAUAAUCAACGUGAUUAAGCUGGUGUGGCGCUAUGGAUUUCAGUCCCUGAGAAUGCACAUGUGGGUAGAAGACCUGCUCGACAAGUUCAUGAGGAUCUAUCGUUACCAGUCCCAUGACUAUGCCUUCAGUAGCGUAGAAAAGUUGAUGUACGCCAUUGGAGGGGAUGACUACGUCAGACUGCUCAACCAAACUCUCCGUGAAAACCUGAAGAAAGCAGGCUUCUCUGAGACGUUCCUCAACGAGAUGAUCGCUCCUGUCAUGAAGGUCAAUUUUGGCCAAAGCACUGACCUCAAUGCCUUUGUGGGUGCAGUAUCAAUGACGGCUGCUGAUUCCAACCUUUGGGCAGUGGAAGGUGGUAAUAAAGUUGUUUGCUCAGGGCUCCUUCAGGCCUCUAACAGCAAUCUUAUAUCUGGCUCUGUAAUGUCAAUAGAGAAGACAAGCACCAAGCAGACAGGAACCCCCACGAAGAUGUAUGAAGUGGUUUAUAAAACAGGAUCUGAGAUCCAUUCUGACUUCUAUGACAUUGUCCUUGUGGCUGCCCCAUUGAACCGGAAGAUGUCCAACAUAACCUUCCGAAAUUUUGAUCCCCCCAUCGAGGAAUUCAAUGACCCAUAUCAACAGCUCGUGACAACUCUCAUCAAAGGAGAGCUCAAUUCUACCCUCUUCAGCUCCAGGCACAAGGAUCAGUUCGGCCUAUCCUCGAUUCUUGUCACUGAUGACUCAGAUAUGUUUAUCAACAGCCUGUCCAUUGUGGCCUCUGUAAGUCAUAAGGAGGGUCCCCCACCGGCAGUGGAUGGCAUGCAUGUGUGGAAGACCUUCUCCAAGGACAUUCUCACCAAAGAACAAAUCUCAAAGCUCUUCCUAUCCUACGAUUAUGCCGUGCGGAAGCCGUGGCUGUCCUACCCUUACUACAAUCCUCCUCAGAAGUGUCCCUCCAUUAUCCUCCAUGACCGGCUCUAUUACCUCAAUGGCAUCGAGUUUGCUGCCAGCUGCAUGGAGAUGAGUGCCAUCGCCGGCUACAACGCAGCGCUCCUUGCCUACCACCGUUGGAACGGCAAUGAGGACAUGAUCGAUCAGGACGACCUGUAUGAAAAGCUUAAGACGGAACUGUAAUUGAGCACUGCCCCUCCCCAGAGCACCCUGCUCUCCAAGGACUGAGUCAACAGAGUCUUCCCCAGCGCCUCUCUUGUGGGUCCUGAAGCGUCCCUGUUCCUCGGAGAACUCGGUGUUCAGUCAGAAUGUCUUCGAGCUUUGGUUUUGGGGGAGGUGCAGGAUUGAACCUGAGGCCCUGUGCAUGCUGGGCAAGUGCUCUGCUACUGAGCUGAGCUAUACACCUCGCCCUCAUCCGUGGUUUUUGGUUUUUUUUUUUUUUUUUUCAGACUGGGUCUCACUAAGUUGUCCAGGUGGAAUCCUCCUGCCUCAGCCUCCAAAGGGCCUGGAAUUACAUGCCCUCCAUAUUAGGCCUGGUUGUUAACCGUUUGAAGAAACAUUUGAGUGUUUCCCAGGCUUGUCCAGUUUUAAGAGUCACCUGGAACUUGAUAGACUUGUCAGCCUGGGUUUGCUUAGGUUGUAAUCUUUCUCUCUCUUCUUCUUCGGGGGCAGUUAACAACUAGAUCUUAGUCUGCACCCUAGGCUGGAAUUCAUUAUUAAGCCCAGGUUGGUCUUUAAAUCACAGAAAUCCUCCUGUCUCAGCCUCCUAUGGACUGGAUACAGGUGUUUCCCAUUUCCUGGCAGUUUACACUUUUUUGAUGUAAAUGUUCUCAAGCCUAAAGUCAGACUUUAAGAAUGUGACUUUUUGAUUGCUUCUGUCUUGGUUUUAUCAGGGAUAGACUCAGAGAUAAAGAAAGAGAUAUCCUGUGGUUGGGAACCAAAUAUGAGCUAUUAAAUCCAAGAAACUGGCAUUGUAAUACGAGGCCCUCAUGGGAGGAAGUCUGUGUCUUUUCACACUAAACCCAGGACCCUGAGUAUACCAGACAAAAGCUCUACCACUGAGCUACAUUGCCAGCCCCAGGAGCUCCAGGACCGACAUCCAGAGAAUGGGAUUUCCGAGCUUGAGGAUGGUGUCUUGGCUCUAUAGCUUUGUCAAAUUCAAGUUCCUCGUAUGCAGCCAAGGGUGAGCAAGUCCUGGGUGACAGGGUUAAACCAUCUAUAGAGAGCUUCGAGUGCCUUAAAAGUGCUAAGCAACACAAAUCAUGACCACAGCAGACUCGUGCCAGAGGUGACUGACUGGCUGCUCAGUGGCUACUCAGCUGUGGUCUCCAUGGGAACGAGCACUAGAACAGAAGCAGCCUGCGUGAGGCCAGAGCAGUAGGCCUUAGAACCAGGUCUUCAUGGCCACUUGAGUUCAGAGGGAGUCGCACCAGACGGUGGGCAUGUGCAGUGAGGGGCCUUUGCUGCAAUCUUAAGACAGUGGCUCUCAGUGGUGGCUGCACAUUCGAAUCAGGUUUCUCAUACGUAGACAAGCUCAAGAAAGCUAAUGUUUCUUCCACUGUUCAGAGGUCACCAGUGACUGUCAUAGCCACUAGUAUUAAGAGAAAAAAAGUAAUUUUGCCUGCUUUGGUGGUACAUGCCUGUUCUCUGUAUUUUUGUGACAAAGCAAGAAGGUCAAGAGUUCAAGACCAGCCUGGGCUGUGGCAACACCUAUCUCAAGGAAUAAAAACCAACUCUCUUCACCAGAUUAUAACAUUGCUUCAAUAAAGUGGUCUUAAAAAACCCCGAUUCUUAAAAAUUAUUUUUCCCUGCUAUAACUGUGGGGAUUAAUGUGUGGAGAAAGCAGCCAUGAUAUAUUUGAUAUAGUGACAAAUUAAAUUCAUAGUUUAAUCAAAAGGUUGGCUUUUUUUCUAGUUCAUUCAGAGACAUUUGUAUUUUUUUCCUGUUGUGGUGUUAAUGAAUGUGGUUUGUCAAAAAUGUAACACUUGUGGAUUUGGUACAGUGGCUGUUCAUGUGAGGGGUGUAUGUUUCAUGACCCCCAGUGGGCACCUGGAACUGGGAAGCAGUGAGCCCCACAAUGUUCUAUUUUCCAUGUGUACAAUAGACCUGUGAUAAAGUCUUAAUUUAUAAAUUUGGCACAGUAAGAGACUAACAACAAUAAUUAUAAAAUAAUUAUAAAAUAGAAGAAUUGUAACAAAUUGCGAUGGGAGUCGAUUAAAAUUUACAACUUA